AUGGCUCCUAACAAGAUCCCGCCGCGGUGGCUGAACUGUCCGCGGCGCGGCCAGCUGGUGGCAGGAAAAUUCUUACCUCUGAAGACAAUGUUAGGACCAAGAUAUGAUAGUCAAGUUGCAGAAGAAAAUCAAUUUCAUCCCAGUAUGCUUCCAAAUUAUUUAAAGAGUUUAAAGGUUAAGAUGGGCUUACUGGUAGACUUAACAAAUACGUCGAGGUUUUAUGACAGAAACGACAUAGAAAAAGAAGGAAUCAAAUAUAUAAAACUUCAAUGUAAAGGACAUGGUGAAUGUCCCACAGCUGAGAACACAGAGACAUUUAUUCGUCUGUGUGAGCGGUUUAAUGAGAGAAAUCCACCGGAACUUAUAGGUGUUCAUUGUACACAUGGUUUCAAUCGUACUGGUUUCCUCAUAUGUGCCUUUUUGGACGAGACUGUUGGAGGGCGAGAGUUACUGCAGCGACUAGCCCAAUGGCCCUCUUUGUCACACUUGAAGCAUGCAUCAGGAGAUAACUGGCUCUUAGAAUGGGCAGGUGUUUUCUGA